UACGCAUUCGCAAAGGUUACUCCAAAUGGAGAGGUCUCGCUCUCUGAUCCAUGGGGAGACAUUGAAAAACCGUUCGAACCUUCACUUGGAACACCUGAAUCUGACCCCGGUUUCAAGGGUAAUCUAGGAGAAAUCGCGAUCAUGAAACACCGCAAUCCCAAAUUAAGGUGUCAACUUUCCAUAGGCGGAGCAGGCGAUGAAAUUACACGAAAUUUUCAACAAAUCGUCAAGUCCGAACAGUCUAUGCGACAAUUUGCUGGUGAUUGUGUCGAGCUUUGUCGAAAAUAUGGCUUUGACGGGAUAGAUGUGGACUAUGAGCAUCCUGAGAAUGCCAGCGAGGGCCGAGGUCUCUUAGAGCUACUCCGUCACAUCCGAGGCUGUUUAGAUCAUUUUGGUCAGCAGAUCAAUCGGCCAGAAAGAUACCUUCUCACAGUGGCUACGAGCAUGGGUGAAUGGUCAGCGACUCAUCUCCCAUUGCACGAGAUGAAUCAAGUGAUCGACCGGAUUUAUCUGAUGACAUACGAUGCCUCAGGAAGCUGGGACAAGACUCUGAAUCAUCAUGCGCCACUGCAUGGUCCUCCGCAUGCACUCUCGGCAAAUAAGACGGUUCAUUUUUACCACUCACGCGGCAUUCCACUCCACAAACUUAUCUUUGGUGCCCCACUCUACUCGCGGUCUUUCAUAACCAAGGGUGGAAGGUGUGGCGAGCAGUAUGAGCGCGUGAGUGGUCCUGCCGAGGGUGCGAGUGGAGAGGGUACCCAUAUGUAUAAUGUCCUUCCUAAGCCCGGGGCGACUGAGUACCAUGAUCCUGAACUUGGGGUGGCCUACAGCUUUGAUGGGCAAGAAUGGUGCUCCUAUGACACCCCCACCAGUAUGCGAUGGAAGAUUGCAUUUGUUAAAGAACGUGGUCUGGGCGGAGUGUUUUUCUGGGAU